AUGGUAUCUUUUGAUGUCACGUCCCUCUUUACUUCUAUCCCCCAGGAUCUGGCAACCGAGACCGUCCAGCUACUCCUACGAAACAAAUACGAUGAAACGGAGAAUCCUCUCGGACAUGGCCAAGUCCUUCAGCUCCUAAAGUUCUGUCUCAGGACGUACUUCACGUUUGAUGGAACAAUCUACGAGCAAGUGAAGGGAACACCGAUGGGCUCGCCGAUUUCGGGAUUCAUCGCCGAGGCGGUGCUACAGCGGUUGGAGUCGCUGGUCUUCCAACACCACAGACCGAAAUUCUGGGCUCGGUAUGUGGACGAUACCUUCGUCGUCAUCGAACGGGAUCAGGUGCUAACGUUCAAAGAACGUCUCAACAGCGUCUUCCCGGACAUACAAUUCACGAUGGAGGAGGAAGAGAAUAACCAGCUGGCAUUCCUUGAUGUCCUCGUCUGUCGCAAAGAUUGUGGUGGCCUAAAGACCAAAGUGUUCAGAAAAGCAACGAACACGACGCAAAUUCUGAACUUCAACAGUAACCACCCAAUCUGCCACAAACGCAGUUGCGUAAGAACGCUAUUUCGGCGUGUUGAAACGCAUUGUAGUGAACCGGAAGACAAGGUUGCCGAAUCCCAAUAUCUUCGACGGGUUUUCCGAGAAAACGGUUACCCGCGCAACUUCGUCAACCAGUGCCUGCGCAAACGAGACGAGCGACAAGAUCGCGCCGACCCCAAAUUCUGGCGAGCGAUCCCGUACAUCAAGAACGUCUCCGAGGCCGUUAGCCGCCUUCUUGCACCACUUGGGGUUGGAGUUGCGCACAGACCGGAGGCCACCAUGAGGCGUCAAGUGAUGAGACCAAAAGACCCACUGCCACGGCAAGAAACAUCUGGAGUCGUUUACCGGAUCUGGUGCAGUUGCGGACAAAGCAACUACGUCGGAGAAACUGGAAGACUGCUCCGGACGCGAAUUGCCGAACACGUGGCAGCUGUACGGAGAAAUGACGCCAACUCUCAGGUCGCGGCCCAUUCGACGAGACCCGGCCACACAUUCAAGUUCGAUGAGGCCGAAAUUCUCGCGAGAGGGGAUAAUCGCGUGAGCCGCGAGUUGCUUGAGUCAUGGUUCACGGGACCUCAGUCUAUCAACAAGUGCAAUGACAUCCCCACUCCAUAUUCAGUCCUGAGGCAUAGACUGGCCAAAGCAAUUGACCACUCGAGGAGCGCGCAAGCACGUGAGCCAGAUGGCCGAGCAAUCAUCUCGCCAGCAUCCAACACGGGUGAUGAGAUGUCAGCAAUUAACAACUUGCAUGCCAGCCAUCAAGCAAUUGGCGCACCUGCGGGCAACAAUCCUUGA